UCACAUCUGCAAACACUGUCUUCAUCCACUUGACUCCCAAGACCCGCCCACACGUGGCCAACCUUUUGCGUUUUUAAUGCUUUUUCACUGCAGGUUCAUCUGUUGAGACCAACCUUAUAUGGGCUGAUCGGACCGGUAAUGGCUUAUUUCUCCGUAGCACCCAGCAGUAGCACAGUAUCAAUGAGACAGAUAUAGCACUUCAGCCACUUUGGCAUUCUUCCUGGACUUACAGAACUGAUUCCUCUACUACUUGGAUAGGCAAUGGUUAUCGACAGAGGCUCAUGAUUUUCUUUUAAUAGUUCAAGGUAAAACAGCACUGAGAUAUAAUUUUUUUCUGAACUGCGAUUGUGUUUUGUGUUUUAAAGCAGCGGAUUGCCAAACUGGUGCAGCAAAUUUCCAGCAUACAUUUCCCCAGAAUAUGUCGUUGACCAACACAAAGACGGGCUUUUCUGUGAAGGACAUUUUGGACCUCCCUGACACGAAUGAUGAAGAAGGAUCUAUCACUGGACCGGAGGAAGAUAACGAGGGAUCGGAGACGACAAAACCCACUGGAGUUUUGGUACAAAGUCCGCUAGAAAACGUUCAAAAUCUGCCUAUAAAGAACCGCUUUUAUGAUAGUAGUGACAAUCCUUACACAAGAUGGCUUGCCACCACAGACACUAUCCAAUAUUCACUGCAUGGUCUUUCAGCAAGUUCUCAAGACUCAGCCAAGUCCCCAGAACCCUCUGCGGACGAAUCGCCAGACAAUGACAAGGAAACGUCAAGCAACGGCAGCGACUCCGGUAAGAAGCGAAAAAGAAGAGUGCUGUUUUCCAAGGCACAGACGUACGAACUUGAGCGUCGAUUUAGGCAACAGAGAUACCUAUCCGCGCCAGAGAGAGAACACCUCGCGAGUUUGAUUCGCCUGACACCAACUCAAGUGAAAAUUUGGUUCCAGAAUCAUCGGUACAAAAUGAAGAGAGCGCGCGCUGAAAAAGGUAUGGAAGUGACCCAUCUCCCCUCUCCCCGGCGGGUGGCCGUGCCUGUCUUAGUCAGGGAUGGAAAGCCUUGUCAUACUCUUAAAGCUCAGGACUUGGCGGCCACUUUUCAGGCUGGAUUCCCCCUCUCGGCGUAUAGCGCCCAGACCCUUCAUCAAAUGCAAUAUAAUGCUCAGUACUGCGCCGCCACCACGCCACAAUUCCCUUCAGCACAUCACUUGGUGCAAACGCAACAGUGGACUUGGUGAACUAGUUGAGACUGACGGGGCUGCCGUUUAGGAGCACGAUAGGGAUUUCACUAGAAAAUAAAGACUUUUCAUUUUGCAGCUUGACCCAUAUCUACCAUUUUUUCGGGGCUAAUAUGUGCGCCGUGUUUACAUGUUUUCGUUAAGAGAACUGGGUCCAGCCUCUCCCGAGAUUUAAGAAUGUCAAUGCUCUUGUGAAAUUUUGUACAGUAUGUUUGUGUGUUGUAGAUAUGUUUUAUUUUUGUCCUUCGUGUUAUAAGCACGUGCAAAACCACUUUAUAAUUAUGGAAUAUUUUAUUUCUUGCUUCUUUUACAAUGGACCGAAAAUAUUUAUGGCCAUGAAUAAACAUUGGCAACUUUUAGCUUUUUCCCCUUUGUUUUUGUUUUUUGUAAAUACUUUGUGGUAAUUGUUUGCAACCUAGAAACAUGUCAGGAUCGUAUACGUGGAGAUAUACAUAUUUCCAAUUCAAAAAGGAGGAAGAAUUUCUGGCGUAAUUGUCAUGACUGUCUAACAGAGCCCAUAUUAUUAUGUGAAUAACAGUUAAAUCGCGCGCUGAUGGGGAAAUAUCCCAAUUUUUAUAAGGAUUUUAAUAAAAUGCUGUGUUUCAGAAAUUACGUUUUGGUUUGCGUGUCUUAAUACGUCCUAUUUGAUUUAUUGAAUACAUAAGCUAAACAUUGUUCAUGUGAUGCAUGGCAGCCUAUACGUGUUUUGUAAAGUGGCACAGAAAGCAGGUGAAUUUAUGUUUCGCGCACUUAAAUUAUUGAUUUUUUAACCUAAAUUAAUCCGUCUAAAUGUUCUGAAUUUGGACACGUCAGUAAUAAGGAGGCUAAAGUCACUUGUGAAAUGGGGCUAAAAUCCACUCACUUAGCCUAAUAUAAGAGGGCUUCUUCAGCUAAGAAGCUUUUGAGUCAAAAGCUCUCAUUUUCAAGGUCUCGAACUCCUCUCGGAUUGGGGUGUGAAGUGGUAGGCCUAUAUUUUAAAAACGGAUUUAAUGCAAAGACGUUAUAAUUUUACGCACGGUUUUACGCUCGUCGUUGUUGUCAAACAAACACAACCCGUGAAAGGAAUAUCAAUCAAGUUACGUAGUCUUCAAUAUCCCUUGUUCUAUGUUAGCUUAUGCUUUAGCUUUUUGUAGAUGCAGGCCUAUGGAUGGAUGGGCUGUGGAUGUGUAUCCAAAAUAGCUAUCUUAAACAGUGUACCAAAGUAGUCGACACAAUAACCCAAUGGGUCCCAAGUGAAUCACAGAGCGCAUUGUGAUUAUCAGACCCAAUUUAGUAAGUUGGGUAAAUAUGAUUACCUUUGGCAAAAUCUUAACUGCAUUGUUUUUGACCCAGCACCGAGAUCUUAUAGAACAGAUGCUAGAGCCGCCCUCACUAUCAUUGAACAAACAGCUAAAUUGACACCAAUUGCUAAUUAUUUACAGAAUCCUAUCUCAAGGGGCCACUGCUUUUGGUCCAGUCUACAGAGACUCAAUUUGUUUUCUUCAGAGAGGCUACAAUGUUUACAUUUGCAAGCUGUGCUGCUGACGUAUUCCCUGAUAUUAUUCGUUGCUCUAUUAACUAUGUAAUAGUAUUACUACAAGCUAAUGGCGGUGUUGUAUCACAUUCUUUAUUCACAAUUAAGUUGUUGUUUAUAGGCUAUAAAAAUAGUUUUUCAAUGGAAAUAGCCAUCCUUCAAUGACCUAUAGGCUAAUAGUUUCGAUUUCAUACAGCACCAUUGGGCUCCUUACCCAUGGUGCUACAAUUUUGAUCGCAGACGUGUGGAAGUGGGAAUGAUAAAUAAAUGGAAGUACAAUUUAUAGCAGUUGAUUUUCAUUUAUAACAUCAUUUUUUUCUAGAUUAUUGUUGCUUUCAUUUGGCUAUACGCCUAUACCCUCGAGUGAAAUAACAGCUUGAUGUAAAAAUAUGACACUAAUGUUAGGCUACUAUACAACUAGACUAUACAAGUAGGCUACAAUAAUACAUCCUAAAAACACCCAUCGCUCUAGCAACCUGCGUAAGAGCGCUGACAUCAUUUGAGUCUACUUAAGUCAAUAAAACAUGUUGAUUUCUGUCUGGCCCUAACCCCGAUGGCCAGAGAUUUAGCACUGUGACGAGGCAGUUUUGUGCAGUCUAUCGUUGCACAAUAUACAGUACACCACACAAAAAGCACACAAAGGCGUAGGGCCAGUUGUCGUGGAUGUUAGAGGCGUGCAUAUUAACGAGGAUCCAGAGUGGAAGUGCAGACAGUGUGUGGAUAGAGAGCCUGUCAAAGUUUCUUGGUGCUAUUCAAUUCCUUUAUCUUGACCAGUGCAUCCCGGAGUCAGGGAGAUGUAUCCUUGGUUUUUUGUCGUGCCUGUCAGUUAGUGCCAUUGUGAUCCUUGUUGUACACGUUGUAUCCCAUAUGGACAGCUGGGCUCCGGCAAGGAGAAAAGGAUCCCUCACAAAACCCAAAUUGUGUCCAGCUCUCAAAUAAAGCAUUGUUGUCUAAAAGAAAAACGAAUUAAAAAUUCGUGCUAUAUCUAUUCUGGGAAAAAGAACCCACAUUCACAGAUAACAGGGGGUCCUUCUUCCUCGAUAGAGCUACGCUAACAACAGCCCUCUCAUUUCUCUUUCUCUCUCUCUCGUUUCCCUCGAUCCUCCCAGCUCAAAGAGUGAGUAUUGUCUGUCCCCAAAAGUGUGUGGUCACUGGGCAGCAAAACUAUUUUAAAACUCCUAAUUUCGAGCAGUCUUAUUUCCUGUUAGCUUUGUAUCAGUGUCAUGGACAGCAUAUUUCUGAUCUCCAUGGAAAAUAUCUGACUUGAUUUAUAUACCAUGACACGAGACAAGACAUUUAGGAAUUCUGGAAUCUGCAUGAAAUAAUAAUUUCCCUGAGCUUUAUCCGUUUAAUUUUCCAGACGUUUCCAUUCACUUGAAGACACGUUAUAGACUAUGAAUGCGUAAUUAUCAUCUUAUAUGGGCAUUUUAAAACACUUACAGGACUAGUUUUUAGAGUAUAAACGUGUAGUUUUCAACAAUGACUAUACUAUGAAUACAAUAGGCCAACAAAUAGAUAAGAGAGAGCAAGGGAUAUUGGUUCUGAAUUUAAAUUUGUUCUUGUAAAUCUAGUCGGAAUCAGGCCUAAAUGUAUUUCAACGAUAACUAUAGGCUUCCUUGUUUAUUUAUUAAUUUUGUUUGUUGCCCUUGACCUUGGGAUAAGAAUUUAAUAUAAUAAAGACAGGUCUCCAUGCAGACAAAAAGCGAAUUAUUCUCGAUAAUAAUGACUAAUAGGACAUAGCUCACCAAGAUUCAGCAUUAGACACAUUUGUUGUUGUUUUUUGUUCUAUGUCAGAGAGGGCAUUAUUAUCAAGGCGAUUACUCAUUCCCAAGAGCAUGCACAAUCUUAUCUUUUGAUGGCAAAAGUUACUAUUGCAUAUGUUCAAGGUUCAUCACAUUAUGUUGUUUUUUUAUAUGGAAGUGUGCACGCACACCUCAAACCCAGGUAGAAAUAUUAUCCAUGAUGCACAUGCACCUUGGCAUCCAACUUUGGUUCUUAUAUCCUGAUUAAUACACGAGGUAAUGCAGCUUUUCAAUGCCAGAACAGUAUAAGCGCUAUGUUUAUCUGAAAUUGCUUUAGGAUGCACUAAGAAACUCAACAACAUUAAAACAAACAUAUCGGUGUGUGCACCGUAGCUCACCCCGUGGAUAAUGCUAUUAUAUGCUUUAGAAUAGAAUACUUCAGGAAAUAUGCACUUGGGACUGUGUGGGUCUUCGUCAUCCUGACCGUUUGAACCUCGACAUAAAUCAUUCUGGAUCGUGUACAUCUCCAAAUAAACGAGGAUUUCAAAGCUAUAAUAAGCGGAGCUUUCAUUUAAAGGAAGCAAUCUAGUUUUAUUGCCUUAAAGAAGAUCCAGAUUAGAUUCGCCUACCGCCGUGGCACAUUGCAGAUAUUAAAGAGAGAGAGAAAGCGAGCGAGAGAGGAAAAAAUAGGAAAUAUAACCGUUACACCUAGUUGCCACCAGAUGGAAGUAGAGGUCUAUAGUUUGGAUCUACAUUGAGCCCUUGUCCUCAAAACGAAUAGGCAGUAUUAUCAUUAUAAUUUACUACAUUUGAAUAUUAUUUUACUUAUUGAUCAUUAUGGUGCCUUUUAAAAAUAACAAUCAUGGGCUUAUUAAAAAUUGGUUGAAUUAGAAACAAAGACAAGCUUGGUGUAGCCUACAAUAUUUCAAUGACAUGCAUUCCAAUAUUAUAUUGCACUUUUGAAAAUAAAACCAAUUAUGCACUCUCAUUAAAAGAGAGAGAGAGAGAGAGAGAGAGAGAGACUCCACAGUGUGGCGCAAUUGGAUUAUGAAAGGAAUUUUAACGAACAUAGUUUCAACAUUUUCCAUAUCAUUGAUUGCCAUAUGCAUGAAAUUGAUUGAUAUUUUUGAUUAUUGUAGCACCGAGGACAUUUAAAGGGCAAUUACAACAUGCAAUUGUCAAUACGUUGGUGGAAUUUAGAGGUUGAUUGUGAAUAUCAUAUUUUGAUAGAUAGUUGCCUAUGUGUUCAGGGGUGGAAUUGGAUAAAGUAAUUCCUGGAAACUGA